CAAUUUUGGUGAAGAAAUUAAAAUAUGGAAUAGGGCCAAUUUUGGUGAAGAAAUUAAAAUAUGGAAUAGGGCCAAUUUUGGUGAAGAAAUAGCUUGGAGGGCACAGCUGUCUCGAAAUCUGAAGGAGCUUCGCAUCCAUCUCUGUCAAACCUCGCCAUCGAGCAAUGCAACCAGGCUGCUAUCUUAAAACAAAACAAAAUCCAAAACCACCUUUGCAGCACUGGGAAGGAACUACGCUGCCCUGCAGCCCUUGUGUUGAUCUAGUGCUGCGGCACCAUUCCAGAAAAGAAGUCUGUAAAGAAUUAUAAAGGUGAAUGGCCCUCUAAAUGGCCGGCAAUAUAAGUGGCUUUUGUAGACUGUAAUCACAAGCGAUAAAGGAGCAGUGAUACCAAGAAAAACCAUCAUCUAUUUCCAUGGAAGAAUUGAUCCUAGAGCUUUACAAAGUAGAAGCUGUAAAAUUUGGAGAGUUCAAGCUCAAGAGCGGGAUUACAUCCCCCAUAUACAUUGAUCUUAGACUCAUUGUAUCAUAUCCACAUCUUCUCAAGCUGGUUGCAGACACCAUAUGGCAAAAGAUAUCUUCCCUUAAGUUUGAGCUUCUCUGUGGGGUACCCUACACUGCCCUACCCAUUGCAACAUGCAUGUCCCUCAACCACUCCAUUCCCAUGGUGAUGAGAAGGAAAGAGGUGAAGGACUAUGGCACCAAGAAGUCCAUUGAAGGGAUGUUUACUCCAGGUCAGAGCUGCCUGGUUGUGGAGGACCUGGUCACGAGCGGGGCAUCUGUUCUGGAGACUGUGGAGCCCCUAAAAACCGUGGGUUUGGAUGUCACUGAUGCUGUGGUGGUCAUUGAUAGAGAACAGGGAGGGAGGGAUAAUCUGGCUCAAAAUGGGAUCACGUUACAUUCUGCCCUUAAGCUUACUGAGAUGGUGAGUGUGCUGGUUAAGAAUGGGAAGCUCUCUUUGGAGGUUGCUGAAUCAGUAAGCAAGUUUUUAGGGGAAAAUCAGACCAUGGUGCCAUCGUCCGUGCCUAAUGUUGUAAGGAAAAGGAUUUCUUAUGGCGAGAGGGCUCUUUUGGCUCAAAACCCAACUGGAAAGAGACUUUUUGAGCUCAUGGAGAGAAAGAAGACUAAUCUGUCCUUGGCAGCUGAUGUGUCUACAGCCCAAGAGCUUCUCAGCAUUGCAGAAUCUGGGAUCAAAAUACACGAGUGUAGUUGCAUACAUCAGCACCAAACUAUUGCAUGUUGUAUUUCGCGAGUCUUUAAUGAUUGUCUUAUUCCAGGUCUGGAGCAAUCCCUGCAGAUACAAAUGAUCUUGUUUUUGAACAUGGUAGUAGGAAGCAUGGGUUUGGUGAACCUAACAAUUCCAACGUAUGAAAAAGAUAAAGCAAUCUCAUGUGCCACAAAAAAGCUGGUUGGCCCUGAGAUUUGUGUAUUGAAAACACACGUUGACAUAUUAUCGGACUUUACUCCUGAUUUUGGUGCACAACUUAGAGUGAUUGCAGACAAGCACGAUUUUUUAAUUUUUGAAGAUAGGAAGUUUGCUGACAUAGGAAAUACAGUUACCAUGCAAUAUGAAGGAGGAAUUUUCAAGAUUUUGGAGUGGGCGGAUAUUGUUAAUGCACACAUUAUUCCAGGUCCUGCAAUAGUUGAUGGUUUGAAAUUGAAGGGAUUGCCACAUGGAAGGGGUCUACUGUUACUUGCAGAAAUGAGCUCUGCUGGGACUCUUGCAAAGGGUGAAUAUACAAAUGCAGCUGUGAAGAUUGCUUCUGACCAUAAGGAUUUUGUAAUUGGGUUUAUAUCUAUUAAUCCAGCAUCUUGGUCAGCAGUAGGAUCUGGAGAUCCUUCGUUGAUUCAUAUGACUCCAGGAGUACAGCUCAGCACUGGAGGAGAUUUGCUAGGCCAGCAAUACAACACCCCCGAUUCUGUUGUUUCGGAAAGGGGUAGUGACAUAAUAAUUGUGGGCCGUGGUAUUGUCAAAGCAAAGGAUAAAGCAGGGGUAGCAAAACAAUACCGAUCUGCAGGGUGGAAUGCAUAUCAAAAGUCUUUGGGUAUAUGAUUCAAUGUGGGUAGUUUUUAAUGCAAUUAACUUGUACUCAAUGAGCCGCCUUCAUAAUAUUUUGGUACUGCCAGUGGAUGCCUUGUUUUUCUGGUACUUAAUUAAAAUAAAAGUUUUUGUUUGAGCUGAGUUUCUUGUUACAUGUAACUGUGCGUUAGUUUAUAGCAUCAAUGUUUCGGAUCAUACUCAGUGAUCCAUCAUAAGGAUGAGAAAAACUAAAUAAGUACUUGCUUGCACGUUUGAUAAUUAUUCUUGUAACUGUUAUCAUGACUCUACAUAAAAUAAAAACAUACAAGAGUCUUGUUUUAUUAUUCAA